UGGAAAAUGUGGGCGGAGAUUUCCUGAAUCCUGAGCGUUCAACAAUAUUCCAAGGUAGUGGUGUUCACUCUCGGUCUAUAGGCAAAUCGGAGGAUAUAGCCCGAGGUAUUUCUUUGUUUCAUAAUGCAUUCUUGGUACUGAUGGCCAAACAGAGCUCAAACCUUGCGGCGUUGCCGAGAGCGGAGGUCUGUGCCUACUGGGUGCUCUCUUUUGGCUCCCAUCUCUACUCAUUCUAUCAACUGCACAUAUUCUCCAAAGAGCAUGAAGCAGGAUUGGAGAGACAGUUCCAACUGGAGAAAGGCUUUCUAAUAUGGGGGCAUAAAAAGGACCCUACAGACUUUGAGUGGAGUUUCUGGAGUCACUGGGCUAGAAAGUCUUUGCUGUGGACUUUGUUGGGCCAUGCCGUGGUCUCCAGACUAGCCAGCUUCUUCAUUCCUGAGUUCAGAGUGACUGCUCUGUUGGCCUAUGGUCUCCUUGUGGCUUGCUGUGCAGUGGGGAUUAAAGGAUUGGGCGUGGUCCUUGGCCAUCUGGGCUUGUCAUUGGCUGUUGCCCAGCUGUGUAACCCUGCCCUGUCCUGGAGCUGUGCCCUGCUGCUACUUUCUACCCUCCACAUCCCCCCACUGCAGGAGAUACAGAGAAGCUGGUACCAGACAGAAGAGGAGUACUACCUCUUACUCUUCAGUGUGGCAGUGUGUGGCCUGCGCUUCAUCAGCUUCAGCCUGGAGCACUGCUGGCGCCCCCUGGAGGCUGGAGGACUGCAGCAGCAGGUCUACUGGCUGACCGCUUACUCCUUCUACCAUCCUUUGUUCUUCAACGGACCCAUCCUCACCUUCAAGGACUUCCUCCAACAGAUGCAGGUACCUGUGAAGGAUCGUGGUGCUAGGAUUACGUUCCUCUCGCUGCUCGCCAACGCUGGCAGGAUCUGUGUGUGGUGGCUUAUAGCAGAGUACAUGAUACACCUGAUGUACAUGCACACUAUACAGGCCAACGAAACAUAUCUGGAGAUCCUGCCACCUUGGGCCUUGGGUGGGCUGGCCCUGGCAUUAGUCCAGUUCUUCUAUGUGAAGUACCUGGUUCUGUUUGGUGUUCCGUCUCUGCUAGCUGGACUGGAUGGGCUGGCCCCCCCGAAGCUACCACGCUGUGUCAGCAUUAUGCACAGUUUCACAGGAAUGUGGAGACACUUUGACGUCGGGCUGUAUCACUGGCUCAUCAGGUACAUUUACAUCCCAUUAGGAGGUUCUCACCAUGGGCUGCUGUGGAAGAUGCUGUCCAUGGCUCUGGCAUUUGGCUUUGUAUGUUUCUGGCAUGGAGGACAUGACUACCUACAGUACUGGGCUCUGAUGAACUGGGUCGGGGUGCUGGUGGAGAAUGGAGUGACCAUCCUCAUCUCUUCUCCCCUCGUCUAUCCAUCUAUUGAGCGCUGUAUCUCCCCAGCCAUGAGGAGGCGAUGUUUGGCUCUCAUCUCAGCCUUCUCCACAGCCAUGCUCAUUCUGUCCAACCUCAUCUUCCUUGGGGGAAACCAUGUUGGCAGGAUCAUGUGGAAGAGGGUCUUUAUACAAGUCUGCUGUCCCCACUUGCUUCAAGAUGUCCACUGUUGUUCCUGUACCCGAGAAAGCAAAGGUUGGUGUACAGUGGCUCCACCCAUGUUAGCCUUCCUCUAUUGCUUUGCCCAGAUCGGACUGGAGUGGGAACACAACCCACCCUAAAUCACCAACCCCACAGAGACUGUUGGAAGGGAGGCAGAACUCACCCUUAAACACCAUCACACAGUGCUGACUCUGCUAUUGGGGAGAACAACCCACCUUAAACCACCCCACAGUGGACUCUGGUAGCCUAGCAGUUAAGAGCGUUAGGCCAGUAACCAAAAGGUUGCUGGUUCGAAUCCUGAGCUGACUAAAUGAAAAAUCUCUGUGCCCUUGAGUAAGGCACUUCAACCCUAAUUGACCCUGUAAGUCGCUCUGGAUAAGAGCGUCUGCUAAAUGACUUAAAUGUAAGUGGACUCUGCCAUGUGGGGAGAACAACCCACUGUAACCACCCCACAGUGCACUCUGCUAUGUGGGGAGAGCAAACCUGUCCUUUACUACCCACCCACAGUGGGGACUAUCAAUGAGACCUGCUGAGGAAAACACUGGACACAUGUACGUACGUAUGUGACUAUAAGAAAGUGACCUACAGUAUAAGAAACCAGUCUGCCAAACUACCUGUACCUAUGAGAACUGCUGCUUAAUACUUGGGUGCAUAGAGUAAAACACAUGUAUGGAAAAACAAUGGAUGCUGUUCAGUUGUCAUUUGUUGAUAACCUGUGAGUGAGGCUUGCAGUAUCCAACCUGGGAUGUUUUGGAUCUGUUUAAUCCCAAAAUCAGCGUUCUACAUCUCCUGGAAUGGAAUGGCUGAAAGCACCUCAGUAUAUUCCAUUGACUGCGCUAAUCCUGUAUCUGUCUCAUAGCACUAAAGGGAUCAGCAGAUCUGUGUCAGUUUAAGUAACAUGUAGGGUCAGGGGGGGGGGAAACCCUGCUAAUUAGACUCGCCUAACACUACUCUGAAAGGGAUUUAGGUCACAUCCAAAGAUGGCAUCCUAUUCCCUAGCUAGUGCACUACUUUUUACCAGGGGCAAUAGGACUCAGGUCAAAUGUAGUGCACCAUAUAGGGAUCUAUUUGAGACGUGCUUCAAUGGGUCUUAUGACAUCCCGAGAAUCCAAAAAUCCAGUCAAGAAGAGAAUACGAUCUGCAGGAUUAAAUCUUAAACAGUUUAUGAUAAGAAACCCGCCACACAAGCCUUUUCGUGAUGGAUUACAAGUAUAGCAAUAAUUUCAUCACACGUAAAGGUUGCUUCAAAGGGUGCCCCAUGUUAGUGUUAGUCAUGUAGGCUGUUCUUACUAAUAAUGUGCUUGUAUCGAGGCAGUUCGUCACCCAGUGAGCCGGCCCUAAUAUUUAGGUUGGCAGUGACUGGCCUCGGUUCUACAUAGGUCAUUGUGUGUUCCUCCGUCACUGGAUCCCUCACUCCCUUUUUUCUCUUUCACUUUGUUUCUAUUUCUCUCUGUGUCCGACUGAGUCUCUCUUUUCUCUCUAUAUGGAUAUCUGUAUCUUUCUCUAUCCAUCUCUGUCAGGGAUGAGGGCCCGGUGUCGUGUUAAUUGGAUGUUAAUGUGAUGUUUUUAUACAUAGCGUUCAGUAAAUAUUCUGCUCCUUCAGGAGGCAGCCAGGCCACGCAGGUGUUAUCCAGCUAGAUUCAACCCCUUGUCUGUCUCUUACCUAACAUGAUUGGCUGGAAUGGAAGAAAUGGAACGGUAUCAAACAUACGUAAACCACGUGUUUAGCGCCGUUCCAUUCAUUCCAUUCCGGCCAUUACAAUGAGCCUGUCCUCUAUGGCUCCUCCCACCAGCCUCCUCUGCCAUCACUGUACUAUACGUGUGAGAUGAUGCAUGUGCAAGGGUUUGUUCUUCUACUGUUGAUGAUGAUAGGAGACUGUCCUGUAUCUUAUCAUUGCUAUUAUGGUGGCUUCACCUAUAUUGACAUGGAACUUUGUCUACUUACAUUUUUGCCCCUAUCGAAUAAAUAGUUAUUUCUUCAACAUCACACAAUUGUGUUUGAAAUGACCAUGGUCUCAUUUAAAUGAAAUGAACAACAACAAAAAUGUCGAAACCAAACAGCCGAUGACUAUGUAUAAAAUAUCAUUUAUUAUAAAUAGUAUUUUACAUAUCUUUACAAAUACUCUCAUUUGUGCUUGCAAUUACAUUUACAGUAUCAUUACAGGAAACUUAUAAAUAUUGUGACAUGUGCAUAAAUCACAUUACUGUCCUCAUUAUAUAUUUAUAUUAAUGGUUGACCUUUUAGUAACACUUUACUUGAAGGGUAACUGCAUAAGCACUUCAUUACCCAUAUACUGCAUUCAUAAGCAGUACCUUUACUAAAUGCUCGUCAACUGUCAAC